CGGGGCAAUUGAGUAAUUAAACCCUGGACUAAACCCUUCCCGAGUAGAACAACGGCGGCAAAAUUUUCGUGGAACUGUUCUUACAUUCGAGCUUCCUUCAAAAAUCUCUUCUUCCCCAGCUUUGCUCCGCAUGCAUUUUUCUUCACAGCUUUAGGCCAAUACCAUCAGUAGCGGCGGACAUGGACUUUGACGACCUGGACGAGCCGAGCCAGGCUCCAACCCGGCCCUCUCGUUUCGCACCCAAGGGCUCCAAAUUCAAACCUAAAACAGAGCCAGUUGCAGCAACCUCGAACUCCAUUGCUAAAAAGGAGGAAUUAGAUUCCAAACCAGUAUCACCGAUUAAUUCCUCCACCACCGCUGCCGCUGGAAAAGAUGAAGAUGCAGCAUCCGCUUCCGUUUCCCAAUCCGUGGCAAUGGAUGUCGAUGCGAAGGUGGAAGAAGAAGCAGAGCAACCGAAAGAUGAACCGAUGGAGUCGAGAGAAGAAGGAGAAGAUGAAAUUGUGAGAGAAAUUGAUGUUUAUCUGACACCUUCUAUUGAUCCUAAUACCAAGCUAUACGUGUUGCAAUAUCCUCUGAGGCCAUUGUGGCGGCCAUAUGAAUUAAAUGAUAGAUGCGAAGAGGUGCGAGUGAAGUCUAAAAGUGCUGAAGUAGAAGUUGAUUUGGCAGUUGAUGUUGAUUCCAAGAAUUAUGACUCUGAUGCUGAUCCUAGAGUUUCAAUGACUAAGCAGACUCUUACCUCAUCAUGGAAGCCACCUGUCACAGCUGGAUAUGCUGUUGGAGUUCUUGUUGGAAACAAGUUACACCUGAAUCCUAUUCAUGCAGUUGUACAGCUCCGACCUUCAAUGCAGCAUUAUAAGCCUGAGAGUUCUAAACGGCGAACUACUGCAAGCGGUAACCUUGAAGAUAACACAAAGGGGGAUGAAGUAACUACUGGGUCAUUGAAGAAGCAGGGUAAGUCAUCUGGGCCUGUGAUUGAGCAGAACAAAGAUACUAGAGAGGAUUGGAUACCUCUCAACUACCAUGGAGCAAGGAGUGAUAUUUCGAUGAGAUAUGUGAGAAAAAUGGUUGAACAUGAUUCUUCUCAUAUACAAUUUUCAAUGAACAGGCAUGACUAUGUGAACACCUUGUGUCCUGGCACAUCAAAUGAGAAUAAUGGAUCCAAUGGGCCUUCGAGAAGGGUUUUGCUCUCAUUGCCACUUGAAGAACGAUUUAGAACUUGGCUUCUUCAGGGGCCUCCAAUCCAUCGUUUUGAUGCUUUAAAGCAUUUGGCACCUGAUGCAUCUGUCGAGGAUAUCUUGGCAGUCCUCAGCCAACAUGCUCAAUUAGUUCAAGGCUUGUGGAUUCCCAAAAGUUCACUGCUGUAUGGAAAAGAUCAAGGAAUUGAUGCUUUAGCGAGGGAUUAUGUUCUUCUUCUGUUUAGCAGGACUCCUAUUAUUAACAAUUCACAACUACCACAACAACAGAAACUCAAUAGAGCUAUGAGAGAUGUACUUAACACAAUAGCUUUUGAGAGAGCUUCUCUUAAUGAUUGGAAGUUCAAAGAGCCUCCUGACAUGACAUUCAUAAAACUUAACCCUAAGAUUGUCAGAGAACAGGAACAAACUUGGGAACGCUUGGAGAAACUGAUAACUGAAAAGAUCUUUGGAGAUAAAAUCAGGCCUGCUACUAAAAACUCUUCAAGGCCUCUCACCACAAAUAACCCUGCAACAUCAAAGAGUUUAAGUAAGCAUGCAUCAAAUUCUUCAAAUGCAGGAGUGCCAAGGAGACCAAUGUCAGAAGAAACUCGCGAGGCUUUACCAAAGGCCCUUCAGAAACUUUUUCAAAGUCACAAGGUUUGCAGCUUCCAACAAAUUUGCCAGCGUCUAAGGGAAAUGGCAGUUUCCGAGUCUUCCCGUCCAAAGGGAUUUGCUAGAGAAGCAAUAGCUGCAGCACAUGGUGUUGAAGCUCCUCCAGAGGAGCUUCAGGCAAUCAUUAGUCAAGUCGCAAUUAACAUUCAUGGUGUUUAUGUUUUGAAAUCAUCCCCAGUUCACCCCGAACAUGAUGAAUUCAGGAAAGUUGUCAUUGAUCUUUUCAUUGCUGAAGGACCAAACGCAAAGCUUAAGAAGGCCUCAAUGAUAGAAGCUGCUAAAUUGCAGCUUAAAAGGGAUAUUAACAGCCUGGAAUAUCAAAAGGUUGUACAGGAACUAUGUGUAUCUCAAGGUUCGGCUUGGGUCUUGAAAAGUGGUGAUGGAAACCCGAAAUGAUGCUUCCCCCAUUCAGAAUGUUUAAGGUACUUGAGGUUGAUUCAGUGUGAUAGAUUGCUCAAAAAUGUCAUCUGAGGGUGAUUCUGUUUGAUAGGUUGCUCAGAAAGGGUAUCUGCUUAGGUCAACGGAUGAGGAACACUAUCCCUGGUAAUUGGUUCGUUUUCUGGAAACUUAUAAGCUGACUCAGGUGGGUUAAUGGGGACAUUGUGGUCAGUCCACUGUAGAUACUUGAUUCCCACCAGAAUUUAGAUUAAGUAGAUUUUUCAAAUGAAACAUACAUUAUGCAACAAAUGAUUACAGAAGUAGUUAAGUGUAUCCUAUAGAAAAGAGGUAUAAUGUUCCACAGAGAGCGAGAGAGAGCAAACAAAGACCGGGAACCGAUUGCGUUGCCUGUGAGGUUGCAUUACUUCGUUGUGGAUCACAUUUGUCUGUACCAUGUACAUCGAGGAUCAAUUUUUUCUUCUGUAAAAACAUAUUUUUAACUUCUUCGAAAGCCUUUGUGGCGUUACUGGCAUGAACUCCUCUUUGUUGUGCCA